CACAUCCUCCUUCAUCAUCACGUCGAGUAGUGCUGUUAUCAUCCAAUUUGGGAGUUCAGCACGAUGGCCAAGGUAUCCAAGCAAUUCAAAAAGUUUGCUUCGUCUGGUAAAUUGAAAGAUACAAUCAAGACACGGCGGAAGAACCAAGAAAUCAAACGGAAAGUGGAAGAUAGGAAUCAAAGACGAGCACACCAGCGAGGAGCCGCGAAAGAGCGUCCUGGAGCUGGAUCUCACCGUAGAGCGCUUGAUGAGGGUUUAGAGGAGGGAGAUGAUGAAGAGGACGAUGAGAGGGAGGUCAAGCGGCUGAGCAAGGCGGGAGGGAAAGCUGGAGGGAUCGCUAGGAACGUCGAGGAAUUGUUUGGUGGGCAGCUGGAAGGUGGAGCUGGGGAUGAAGAGGAGGUGAGCGAGCUAGAUGAUUUAGAGGAGGAUGACGAGGAGGAGGAGGAGGAAGAAGAAGAUUAUGAUGAUGAAGACGAAGAUGACGAGCUGUCGGACCUCGGGAUGGACGAAGCCGAGAUGGAGAAAGCCAUGAAGAAUUUGGAAAAGAAAGAUCCCGAGUUCUGGAAGUACCUGAAAGAGAACGAUCGAGACUUGUUGGACUUUGGUGGACAAGGUCAAGGCAAUGGAGGGUCAUCGUCCAAACGAGGGCAAAGGAAAGCGAAAUUGGAUGAGGACGAGGAAGAAGAUGAAGAGAGUGAUGGGGAUGAUGAAGAGGAGGUGGACGAAGACGGCGAUGAAGUGGAUGAAGAACAGGACAUGGAUAUUGCUCCGAAGAAGACCAAUGUCAAUCUAAGGAUGCUUCGAGGCUGGCAACAGGGUAUGAUCAAGCAACAUUCUCUUCGGUCACUUCGUAAAACGUUACUGGCUUUUCGAGCUGCGGCACAUAUGAAUGAAGAGGAUGCAGAUCAGGGGACAGGCAGGGAUACAAAGUAUACUGUGGAUAGUCCAGUCGUCUUCAACAAGCUGGUCCUCACUGCUCUCAAAUUCACACCGGUCGUCCUGGCCCAUCAUAUCCCCUUUCGAACGCUUCCAGAUGGUAGAAUCAAAACUUCCCAGCCGAAGAAGCCAAAUCAAUCCCUGAACAGAUUGAUCCUAUCCCACAUCACCACUCUCCUGCACUUUAUGAAAUCUCUCCCUGCUAUGUCGUCUUCGACCCAAGACGGUGAAGCAGCCUUGUUGCUCGUCGAGGCCAUUGGAGAAAGUGGAAAAUUGGUUCCUUGGCUUCUCGGUGCCAGGAAACACUUGCGAGCAUAUCUCAAGACCCUACUCGAUCUCUGGUCAGCCGGCAGUGACAACGUCAAGAUCGCUUCAUUCCUGGCUGUGAGAAAACUGUACAUCGCAGGAGAUGAUGCAUUACGCGACUUGUGUCUCAAGAACACAUACAAAUCCCUACUGCCCACUCUGCGCCACACCACACCUCACACUCUGCCAUCCAUCAAUAUACUCAAGAACACCGCUGCGGAAUUAUUCUGCCUCAAUCCCAGCAGAUCAUAUCCUCAAGCAUUCACUUUCAUCCGUACCCUCGCUGUCCAUCUGCGAAAUGUAGUCAGAGGGACGACCAGCGCGCCAUCCAAAGCCAAGGGAGGCAAAUCGACGGAUACUGCAGAAGCGUUCAGAUCAGUCUACAACUGGCAAUAUGUCCACUGUAUCGACUUUUGGACUCAAGUCCUAUCGUCUAGCUGUGACGUUGACGCGCAGAGAGAUCGCGGGGGCGUAGAGAGUGAACUCAAGCCAUUGAUCUAUCCACUGGUCCAGAUUGCCUUGGGAGUUGUCAGACUUCUCCCGUCAUCUCGAUAUUUCCCUCUUCGAUUCCAUAUCCUUCAUUCUCUCUUACGCCUGAUCAACCGCACCAACACGUACAUUCCUUUGUCCCCUUUCCUGCUUGAGAUACUCGAUUCGGCCGAAUUCAAGCGUCAAAAUCCUCAAAAGUCAACGUUGAAACCUCUCGACCUGGAAUACAUCAUCCGUGCGCCUCCCUCGUAUCCCAAGACGAGAAUCUACCAAGAAACCCUCGGCGAAGAGCUCGUGUUCCUUCUUGGAGAGUACCACGCUGCCCUCUCGAGUCAAAUCGCUUUCCCUGAGAUGGUCCUCCCUGUUCUCGUGACAUUACGGAGACACUUGAAAAAGGGAUCGGCGGGAAGUCCCAAAGUCCAAUCAGGUUUCAAAGUCUUGCUUGAGAAGCUCGAGUCGAGCUCAAAAUGGGUCGAGGGAAAACGCAGAAAUGUCGGAUUCGCACCAAAGGACAGGGGAGAGUUGGUCAAGUGGGCUGAAAAGACCAAGAUCGACGACACGCCAGUCGGGAGCUGGAUCAAGGUCCAGCGAAAGGUCAGGGAAAAGAGGAGGCAGGAAGUGGAGAAGGCUUUCAGGGAGGAACGAGCAGGCAAAGGAGCUAGGGGAGAGGAGGAAAAAGAAGACGAGGAAGAGGACGACGCCAUGUCGGACGUCGAGGAGGUAGAAGAGGACGAAGAUGAGGAGGAAGCAGAGGCCGAGUUCGAGUGAUGACAUUUACCUUUGUAUAGAUACAGGAUGCAUCUGAGGGGC